GUUGGAGGGUUAGAUCUACUAAAGGAGAGGUCGCCGAUCGAGCUAGAUUGAUCGUCGUGGAUGUUGGAUUAGACUUGGAUGGGUCGAGGUCGCUUGUAGUUGCUAGACUAGAUUAUGCUAGGUCGAGGAGAUCGAGACCGGACUAUAGAGGUUCAAGGUUACUUGAAACGACAUCGAGUGGUGUUAGAAGGGCUAUCAAACGAUGCUGGUUCGUGGAAGAGGAAUUGUUGUCACAAUUGCCGAUUCGAUGUGGAGUUAGAUUAGGCGAUGAAUCGAAGAAGUUGAAUGGCAAUGGGAUAUCGGUUAAAGAGGGUUGGAUAGGGUUGGACUAG